AACUACCAAACCAAUUAUCUCUCUUUCUAUCUCUAGCCCUUUACUACUUCUGUCGUUCUCUUACAAAAAGCGCUCAAAAAGCACAACCAGAUUAAGCCAAAAUAACAAAAGGAAAGGGCUUGAAAUUAAAUUAAAAAAAAUGGCGAGAAUUCCGGUGAUGAGGUUCUUGAGAGUGGCCGCGGCUUUCGACGAGAUGGCGAGGGUGAGGCUUUGCGAGAGCAGCGGGAGCGAGCACUCGCCGGAGCUCUCGGAUCUUGUAAACUCCUUCAUUGAAAGAGAUGGCUCGGAAGGAGAUGUUAUUUUUGAUGAUGAGGAAAUUGAUCAUGAACGGCGUGAUUUGAAGGAAUUAGAGAGAAAUAUUUUGUUUGAUGAAGGAUCUGACGGUGGUAAUAAUUGGCCCGAGCCGGCGGAGAAGAAGAAGGAUGUUCUGAAGAAUUUUCUGAUUGGUAACGUUAAUGAUGGUGAUGAUGAUCAUAUGAUCAAGAGGAAGAUUCGUGAUGAGGUAGAAGUUGCGUACGGGACGAUAGGGUUAGUGGACAAGGGGUCUCAGGGUUUCAAACGACGGUUGAUGACCCAUUUGAGAGAGAAGGGUUUUGAUGCCGGGCUUUGCAAGUCAAAGUGGGAGAAAUCCAAAAGGUUUCCAGCAGGGGACUACGAGUACGUUGAUGUGAAUGUCCAAGGAACUCGCUACAUUGUGGAGGCAUUCCUAGUCGGAGAGUUUGAGAUCGCCCGGCCGACCGAUCAUUACGCCUCUUUGCUUGAGAUUUUCCCACGGAUAUUUGUUGGGAAAGUAGCAGAGCUCAAGCAGACUGUGAGGCUAAUGUGCACCGCAAUUAAGCAAUCAAUGAAGAGCAGGGAAAUGCCCAUGCCACCAUGGAGAAGAAACGCAUAUAUGCAGACAAAAUGGUUUGGUCCCUACAGAAGGACCACUAAUUCACUUCCAUCCAAAAACGCGUCUAAACUCAAUGAAGCUUUUGAUGCAAAGAGAUCUGUGGGGUUCGAGACUUUGCCCAUAAUGCCACAUUUUUGCAGGGGUGAUUUAUCAUCAUCAAGGGUCGGCUUGAGAGUAGGGAAUUUGACUGCCGCCUUCAAUGGUUGAGA